AUGUCAAAAUUUAUCACGACGUCAACAUCAGUACGAACAGAUGAUCCCAUGGCAACACUUGAUCGAAGAAUUUUAGGAAUUCUUAAGUCCGACUUGACAUACAAAAUUACAAAAGGUGUUUUGUUGGCUACUUACUCGGACCGAUUAGUCGAUCCUCAUUGUUUGAAUGCAAGCGAAAGAGCUCGGCAUGUUGUUGUAGGAAUGGGCAUUACUUCGACAAACUAUCACAAUCCAAACCCCAAAGAUUUAAUAUUUUUUACUAUUUUUUUAAAAACUUUCUGCAUCAGUAUAUCAGCAUCUAAUAGGAUCUUCCACAUGUACCUUGCGUACGAUUAUAACGAUGCUUUAUUCACUUCCACACGAUUCAGAAAAUCUUUCAUAGAGCGUUACUCCGAUUUGAAAAAAGAUUUGUGCCCUGACAAAGAAAUUACUCUUACACUUUUAAGAUGUCCUCACAAUAAAAAACCGGCUUGGGCACAAAAUGACGCCAUGAUGGAGGCAUAUUUGGAUGGAUUCGAUUAUUUCUACCGCGUGAACGACGAUACUAGUCUAUCUACAAGUAGAUGGGACGACAUUUUCAUUAAGGAAUUAUCUCUAUUUAAUCCGCCAAACGUAGGCGUGGUUGGACCCAAGCAUUCAGGGGGAAAUGAAAAUAUAUUAACGUACGACUUUGUGCAUAGAAUGCACAUUGAUAUAUUUGGAUACUAUUAUCCUCGCACAUUCACCGAUUGGUACGCCGACAAAUGGAUCACAACGGUUUAUCGACCGAAAAACUGCAAAAAAUUAUCAAAUGUCCGCGUCAUCCAUCUUCUUGUUAAGAUGAGAUAUCUGCCUAGAAUGAGCCUCAAAAGUGAUGCAAAACUCCUUCUAAAAACACCAAUCUUAACAAAGCAUUUAUCAAACGCUAGAAAGUCAUUCUCUGAAAUUAAAAAGUCGUCUGUGAAUAAGGUGAUCUGCAUGACCUUGGACCAGAAUUCUGCACCGAUAAUUAUGGGCGCCAUAAGGAAUGCUCUUCUUACUCCUUUGACAUUUCCUGGGUGGAAGUUACGAAUUUACGCAAUGUUUCAAGACAAUGAUCGGCUGAAUAGAGGCCAAAGGAAUGACCAUCCCAUCAAAAUUCCAUUCAGAAUCAAACGUUGUUUAGAGAGACUUGGCGCAGAAAUAGUUGAAGUGGAUAAAUUCUUUCCUCAAAUUGUUAUAAUGGAAAAAUCUGAACUUAAGCACCCAUCAUUUAUGUGGAGUUAUUUAGUUAUUGAUGACCAAAAAGUUGAUUAUUUUAUAAUCCGAAAGCCUGAAUUUCGUUUGAGUUCUAGAGAUUAUCUACUCGUCAACGAUUUUUUCAUGAAAUCGGAAAAUCGAUUUAAUCGAAAUUCAACUCAUCUUUCAAAAGGAAAACCUUUACUAGCGUUCCACAGCAUUAUUGAUUCUGAAUAUUUUCAAAAUUUCACAUUAGUUCCUGGUCUGCUGAGCGGAAAUGUCAAGGUUAUCCGUCAUUUAUUAGGCUCGUCCGGUAAUUUUAUUCAAACUGUGUUGAAUCAUACAAAUGAGAACGAUGAUGAAUACAAAUUUUUGAAUUUUCUCUAUGGAAAAUUUAAACAAAAUUUUUACCGUCAUGAUCCAUCAACUUCAUGUGUUCAUUGUGACUCUAAAGAGCCUAGAAACUUGUAUAACAUUCUAGGUUUGAAAUAUAACCAGUUUCACAUACCCCAAGACGUAUCAUGGUUCUCUAUUAGAUGA